AUGGGAAAACAGAAGAAGGCAAAGCCCGGUCCCGUCUCGGCCAAGGACCGGCACAAACGCGCUGGCAAGGUCAGCAAGCCGAUCGAUCGCAGCGAGCCCCUGCCGCCAGGACUCGUCGCCGCAAAACCGAUACAUGCCGUCACCAACUCGAAGCAUCAGUCCUACUUCGAGUUCAUAGAGAACAAGGACAAGAAGAAGCCCUUGCUAUUCGAGAUCACGCCGAACCGGGUACCCCCACCUGGAAUGAAGUAUAUUCCGAUUGGGAAUCCAGAACUCACCGAAAGAUGCAAAGAAAUAUCGAGAGAAGUGGGCGCAUCGGUCUACAUUGUGACGCAGGCGAAGAGGGAAGCGUCGGAACUCAGCCAACAGAUACACCGGGUCGGCCAUCACAUUCGCGAGUAUAUUGUGGACCGAGCGAUGCAUGAACUCGGACAGAACACCUUCUACGAACCCGUAACUAUUGGACAGGGCGAAGACGAAGUCGAGGAAAUCCCUCGCUCCCAGGCUGAAAUCAACAGGCAGGCCGAUGCUGCCCUGCGGGAAUUAUUCCCCCGCAUUCCGCACACAGACAGACAGCAGAUCAUCGAUCACGCAUUCAAAAAGGGAAAGACGUUCAACGGAGACCUGGUGGUGGGAUUGCAGCAGGAGCUAUCCUUGUCGCGUCGCGUGCAGCUCGCGGUCCUUGCUCAUAUUCGGCACAACCACACCAGAUAUGACCAACUGCUCCGAGAGACCACCUGGGCAAAUGCCAGAAGAGUGACUGAACAACUUUGUCUCGAUAUCCUCGUCAAGUGGCGAGGAGAUGACGAGAACGGACGAAACUCACUCGAUGAAAUCCUUCGCGAGGUGGUUGUUCUCUCUGACGACUCUGAAGAUUCCGAUUCUGGCGAAGACGAUGAUUCAGAUUCGUCAGCUGUGCUCACUGACAGAUCUGCGAAUGUCGCAAGACCUUUGGCACAAGCCGUGCCUCUGGAACGUGCCAACGGGAACCGCAUGUCGACUGCGGCCCCGUCCCGUCCGGGCUCUCCAAAGCCGAUGGCGACUCCUCCGCGACCUAGGAAGAUUACCAAGAAGAUGUCCAAGAAGGCCAAGAGAGCUGCACGCCGUGAAAAGCGAAACUUCAGCCGGUACGAGGCUGCCGCCAAUCUCGCAUGGAACAGCGCAAUGCAGCGACAGCGCCAGGCGCCUGACGGGCAGGCCACCCAGACAUCCCAAGCAGGAGCGGGAAGUGGUCCCGUUAGUAACGGAUCACGCCCAAACCAGUCUGUUGUUUUCAUGGAGGGUAGAGCUCCUGCGAAUGACCUUGGCUCAUUGCAACCGCAGCGGCCCGCUCCCGGGUCAUCCGUCAACAAUCCCCACGAGACUCAGCGCGCAGAGCACUCCUUUGCGCCGCCGACGUCUUCUCGUCACUUUCCUUCUGGUUCUGCAAUGCACAAGGUAAAUGAGUCUGGUGGUAUGCCAGCGAGCUCCAUUGGUCUGCAGGACUAUUUGCAUCCGUCUAUUGAGCCCAAAUCGCCCGACGCUGGUCGUCCCCCAUCCCGCUUCCAGCGACCCUUGGUGGAAUACGCGGAUCUGGCAGAUGACUAUCGCCCUCGUCGAGUGCAGUCACCCCCUCGUGGUCCCGUCGUUCGAGACCAGUUCUCGCAUCCCCAGAGGAAUCAAGGAUACCCAAGUCAUAACAUGUUUGUGUCUAACGAAUCGAUGUUUUCGCGGGAGCCUGCUGCAUCGUAUCGCGGUCCUCCACGGGAACCUCCUCGGCCGCUGGCCUAUGGAGCCCCGCGCCAGAGUGACCCGUUGCUUCGGAGAAACGAGCCUGAAUUGGGAGCCAGACAUAAUCCGAUCACGAUUGAGGAUGCCCGCCCGCAAACCGUCAUCCUUGGACCUGGGGAAAGUAUGCGAGACAGGUUCGGUCCUGGCGUUGAAAUCCUGUCAGUUCGUCGUCCAGGACGUGAGGGCCUAGCUCCAGAACGUCAGCGUGUUGCUCCCAUGGAUGAAGGCUUCAUCCGACUGAGAGAGGAACCCCGACCGCUGCCACGAGAUGGUCUGCGAGAGGAAGGUUUCCUGAGAAUCAGAGAACACCCCGAUGCCAUGCCUAGACGCCCAAAUCAGUUGGCCUACGGCAGGUCUUCGUUGGGAGAUUUGCCAUCCCAGAGUCUAGGUUCGUUCCGAACACAGCCAGCGGCACCAGACCAGGCGAUCUACGUGAGACGUGCUGAGCCGAUGCCCCCGACUGGUUCAACAUAUCCAGCUCCUGGCGCCAGACGUAUGGAUGGGAUGAUGUACGAGAGGCCCACGAACCGUGAAAUCCAGCCGCUCGCGUACGGCGGAUCGUAUCUUGACCACCAACAACCCCAAGGAGCAUACGGCAUUCCCGUCCAUCGCCAUGCCAGACCAGUGCGGGUCGAAGAGCCCCCGAUAUUUCAGGACUACCCGCCAACCCCUCCCCGUCCGCAACAGUGGCCGCGGUCAAGCGAGGAUAUUAUCAUUCUCGACUGA